AUGAGAGCGCCCGCUUCUGCCACCAUGCGUUCACUCAUUUUCGUCCUCCUCUCCUUCACCUUUGCAUUGAUCGCCACAUAUGCCAUGCCCAUGCAUUCAAGAAGCAGUUCAACUAGCCCAGAUAGAGACGCUGACCUUGAGAAUUUGAUUUCGAUGGGAGAGUCAGCGACCUCGCCCGGGAUGCAACCCUAUCUGAACCAGGGCUCCAGUGAGGUACAGACCGACACUGACCGGGCCCACGAGGAAUGGAUCAAUCAAUUUGGCGACAAGUACGAACGCAGCCACUGGCCGGAUGAAGGCCUCAGGUUGUUUUGGGAUUGGAACGUCAAGAUCUGGGAAUUCCAAGGUGCUAGGAACUCAGUCAAAUUUGGAGCAUCAGUUGAAAGUACUGAUGAGCAACGCUCACAGAAAUUUAGAGAAGAGCAAUCGAUUCGCGAAGCUAAAUUGCAGGCAGCCGAAAGAGAAGAGGAGCUUGCGAGGGAACGUGUUCGUGUAUGGAAGGAGCAGUGGGUGGAGUCGCAAAAGACAGGAGGAGGAGAAGAAUCGGACAGUGAAGAUGACCAGCACCGCACUAACCAACAAAAAGGAAGCAAGUGCAAAGGAAAAGCUUCCGACGACGAGGCCGAGCCUCUUUUAGCCAAAUCGAAAAAGGGCAAGGGAAAGGCAUCGGACAGCGAAGGCUCUCGACGCAAGGGAUUUUGGGCUAAGUGGACCAAGAAGAAAGACAAAAUACCCUGA